CUGGAUAUGGCCACCUUUCUGCUCCACUGGUCUGUGAUGAACUGAAGAUCCAGAGUCAGAAUGACAGAGAGAAACUUGCGGAAGCCAAAGAGAGAGUAUAUCUGAAGGGAUUUUAUGAAGGAAUAAUGCUUGUGGAUGGAUUCAAAGGCCAGAGAGUUCAGGAUGUCAAGAAGCUUAUUCAGAAGAAGAUGGUAGACAAUGGUGAAGCUUUUAUUUAUAUGGAACCAGAGAAACAAGUUAUAUCUAGAUCUGCAGAUGAGUGUGUAGUGGCUCUUUGUGACCAGUGGUACUUGGACUAUGGUGAAAAAGCCUGGAGGCAGCAGACCCAUGAAUGUCUGAAAAACCUUGAGACAUUUUGUGACGAGACAAGAAAAAAUUUUGAAGCCACCCUGAAUUGGCUCCAGGAGCAUGCCUGCUCAAGGACUUAUGGCCUAGGAACUCGUAUGCCUUGGGAUGAGCAGUGGCUAAUAGAAUCUCUCUCUGAUUCUACUAUCUACAUGGCCUACUAUACAGUUGCUCAUUUCCUACAGCCUGAUAAUUUGAGUGGACAAGGAGAAUCUCCACUGGGCAUUAGAGCAAGCCAAAUGACUGAGGAGGUAUGGGACUACGUCUUCUUUAAGACAGCUCCAUUCCCUGCAACAAAAAUUCCUAAGGAGGCUUUGGAUAAACUGAAACAAGAGUUUGAGUAUUGGUAUCCAGUGGAUAUACGUGCUUCUGGCAAGGAUCUUGUUCCCAAUCACUUGUCUUACUACCUUUACAACCAUGUAGCCAUGUGGCCAGAUCAGAG